AUGCGCGGGAACAAGGUUGAAAAGUGCUUCUCGCUGAAGGAACUCAACGACAGAGCAAAGGUCGCCUCAGUCGAAACCACCCCCAUUCGAUUCUACAUUCGCUCUGCCGAACAACUCUUCAAACAGAGCGCCUUGGUUGCGAUGACAGAGAUUGAGGCAUUAAAGCCAGCGCUGGACAAGAAAUAUCAGCAGUACCAGCAAUACAUCAAGCAGCGGGAGGAGACGCAGCAGGCGCAAAUACAGGCGGCGCAGGGUGUGGAUAUGCAUCGCCAACAUAGCGAUUCGCACCAUCGACAUGAAGCCGACAGGACUGCCAGGGAAAGACAUGAACAGGAAUGGGCAAGCGUACAACCAGCCCCGGGAUGGACUCUUGCAAAAGCGUUGGAGGGAGUGCCGGGAGUCAACGCAACACAGACGACUCAACAUCGGCAUACUUAUCAGCAGGACUAUAACGGCGCAGAUGGACUAAUCGAGUCGUUUGUACCUGCUCCAACCGGACCACCGCCUGCACUGCCAAGGAAGCCAGUCGCUCAGAGUAAUGCGCCAAAGCUCCCACCAAAGAUCCAAAUCGAGGAGGAUGUUCAUGAAUUUUCCCAGGGACUGAGAACAUUGAUCGUCCCUGUGCGACUACUUGACAGAUUCUUGAACAUUGUCCGACCCAACACGAACAGGAAGCUGGAGACAUGUGGUAUUCUUGCAGGAGUGCUGUCCCGCAACAAACUAACUGUCACCACGCUGAUUAUCCCCAAGCAGACAGCAACCUCGGACACAUGCUCGACAACAAACGAGGACGAGCUCUUUGAAUAUCAGAGUGAACGGGACCUCAUGACCCUGGGAUGGAUCCAUACGCACCCAACGCAAACCUGCUUCAUGAGUUCUGUCGACCUUCAUACCCACUGCUCAUACCAACUGAUGCUCCCAGAAGCCAUUGCGAUCGUUUGUGCCCCUAGCCAUGAGAAAGAUUAUGGUGUGUUCAGACUGACGGAUCCUCCGGGACUGCAGGUCAUUACCAAUUGCCGUCAGAAACCACUCUUUCACCAACAUCCAGGGGAGGACGAUAUUUACACCGAUGCGUGCGAUCAAGGACAUGUGCAGCUAAUUGACUUGGAUCUGGAUAUCGUCGACCUCAGGGGAAUUUGGGCUCGUAAGCAAUACUACAACAAAAAGGUCGUAAGGCGGUCGUUGGAUGGUCAAGGCCGGGAUGAUCACAAGUUUAGGUAG